AUGAUUAGACCAAUAAGACUAUCUAUACGUCUGUUUUCAAUUACAACAAAAUUAAAAUCUUCAUAUACUCAUGUUCCAAGAAAAACAAUUUCAGAUAUUCAUGAAUUAUAUAAAUCAAAUAUUCCUAUAACAAUUUCAACAUCUCAUGAUUAUAUUACAUCAAAAAUGGUUGAUGAUGCAGACAUUGAUAUAAACUUAGUUGGAGAUUCAUUAGCAAAUACAACAUUAGGAUAUCAAGAUACAAAUGAAUUAACAAUUGAUGAAAUGUUAUAUCAUGUAAAAUCUGUUCAAAGAGGUAAUUCUAAAUCUUUAAUAGUUGCAGAUUUACCAUUUGGAUCAUUUGAAAAAUCUCAAAAACAAGCUAUAGAAUCAGCUAUAAAAUUAAUUCAAUUGGGUAAAAUUCAAGCUGUUAAAUUGGAAGGAGCUAAUGAAGAUACUUUAAAAACCAUAAAAAAAUUAGUAUCAAUUGGUGUACCAGUAAUGGGUCAUUCAGGUUUAACACCUCAAAAACAUAAUACAAUGGGUGGAUAUAAAAUUCAAGGAAAAGAUAGUGAAAAUGCUUUACAAAUUUAUAAAGAUUGUUUAAAUUUACAAAAAUCAGGAGUAUUUGCAAUAGUAUUAGAAUGUAUACCAAAUAAAAUUUCAAAAUUUAUAACUGAAAAAUUAAAUAUUCCUACAAUUGGAAUUGGUGCUGGUCCAUAUUGUUCUGGUCAAGUAUUAGUUAUACUGGAUUUAUUAGGUAUGAAAAAUCCAGAAGAAAAUCAUAUUGCAAAAUUUGUAAAACCGUAUGCUAAUUUUUAUAAUUUAGGUAUUGAAGGUUUAAAAAAUUAUAAAAAUGAUGUAAUCACCAAAAAAUUUCCAUUAGCUGAUGAACAUGGAUAUAAGAUUAAAAAAGAAGUAUAUGAACAAUUUAAAAAGGAAGCAGAGAGUAUAUAA